UCGCCCCCACCGCGUGUUCCGGUCCCGCCCCUGGUGCGCCCAGGCUUCCAGAUCCCCCGAGCUACUGUGAGCGCGGCGGCUACGCCAUGACUUUGGAGGCGAUCCGCUACUCGCGGGGCUCACUACAGAUCCUUGACCAACUGCUGUUGCCCCAGCAGAGCCGCUAUGAGGCGGUGGGCUCGGUUCGCCAGGCCUGGGAGGCCAUACGCGCUAUGAAGGUGCGCGGCGCCCCAGCUAUUGCGCUCGUGGGCUGUCUCAGCCUCGCCGUGGAGCUACAGGCGGGCGCUGGGGGACCCGGACUCUCCUCGCUCGUAGCCUUCGUGCGCGACGCACUGAGCUUUCUUGUCACCGCCCGGCCCACCGCCGUCAACAUGGCCCGUGCCGCCCGUGACCUGACCGAUGUUGCAGCCCAGGAGGCGGAGCGGGAGGGUGCCACCGAGGAGGCGGUCCGGGAGAGAGUGAUCAGCUGGGCCGAGGACAUGUUGGAAAAAGACCUCAGCGACAAUCGGAGCAUCGGGGACCUGGGAGCCCGCCACCUCCUAGAGCGGGCUGCGCCUCAGGGUGGCAAGGUGAUCGUGCUGACCCACUGCAACACCGGUGCACUGGCCACUGCUGGCUAUGGCACAGCCCUAGGUGUUAUCCGCUCACUGCACAGCCUAGGCCGUCUGGAGCAUGCCUUCUGUACAGAGACCCGGCCCUACAACCAGGGAGCCCGGCUGACGGCCUUCGAACUGGUCUAUGAGCACAUCCCUGCCACCCUCAUCACAGAUAGCAUGGCGGCAGCUGCCAUGGCCCACAAGGGCGUGUCAGCCGUCGUUGUGGGAGCAGACCGUGUGGUUGCCAAUGGCGACACAGCCAACAAGGUGGGCACCUACCAGCUAGCCAUCGCCGCCAAGCACCAUGGCAUCCCCUUCUAUGUGGCUGCCCCCAGCUCUUCUUGUGACCUCCGUCUGGAGUCAGGCCAAGAGAUCAUCAUUGAGGAGCGUCCUGGCCAGGAGCUGACAGAUGUCAAUGGAGUCAGGAUUGCAGCACCAGGAAUAGGAGUUUGGAACCCUGCCUUCGAUGUCACCCCACAUGACCUCAUCACUGGCGGCAUCAUCACAGAACUAGGCGUCUUUGCCCCCAAGGAGCUCCGGGCAGCCCUAAGUGCCACGGUCCCCUAAGUGAAAGACCCUAGAUGGACCCCAGAAGUAACCAACCUAGCUCUCCAUAUCCUGCCCCAUUAUUUUUAUAAUAAACUGAACUGAAUGGCUUGCCCAAAA